ACAACUGCCUAUGUGGUAUCUGACCAUUCGCAAAUCCCUCGAACCGACGGUACAAAAUUAUUACUGUAAAUCACGUUUUAACAAGACCUCCGAAAGACAAAAGAAAACACCGACAAGGAUGACGAAGCUGUCGUAUAUGUCCGAAAGGAGCUAAAUGUCAAAGCCCCAAGAAUCCAAUGGCGGACGCCCUGUGAAUGCGCGUCAAGUCAUGAAUCGAUUUGCCGUCACAACCUACAGACGAUUGGUACCUAGGACUGUUCGUGGAAAGAGGACUUGUUUACGUAGUUUUUUUGUAAUUGUUUGUAUGGUUUUGACUUUGAAUCUCGUGUUUUGGGCUGGUUGGACACUAAGGGACGUAAGAGAAAUUUCCAACGCUAAAGUGAACCAUUUUAUAGAAGAUACUAGUGAUGACGUUGGAGUAACAUUACCACAGAUACCGGAAAAGACAGAAGGUCCAAGCGAACCUGAUCUCUGGUCUCAUAUAAAAGAAAUUUACGAAACUAAGAAAAAGCGCAGAGAGAAACUCUUGCUGAGACGUUUUUUUGACAAGUUAAAAGAGGGGAAAACCAUAAAAAUGGUUGCGACAAGCGUCACACAUUUAGAGAGAGAAAUUGGGGACGCGAGAUUUUCAGAAAAGGAUAUUGGAUCAGAGUUUGGGGUAAGACGACAAGCAAAAGACAACGAAGAUGUGGAAAGAUCCUCAAGAGAUGAAGACUCGCCUGAAGACCGGGGAGAGAUUAUUGAUGAUACUGCAGAAACUAAUUACAUUGAAAACACGCCAUCAGCUUUUAGACUUUCAAAUUACAACAAGAUGUCAUCUAGUGAACUGGUAAGACCACAGGAGGUAACCAAUACACUGGACGGACAACAGGAAGAAAGUGAUGUACCGGACAGACCACAGGAAACAACUAAUGCACCGGACAGGCCACAGGAAACAACUAAUGCACCGGACAGGCCACAGGAAGCAAACGAUGCACCGGUUAGAUCACAGGCAACAACUGAUUCACCGGACAGAUCACAGGAAGUUACCAAUAGACCGGACAGAACACAGGAAGCAAACGAUGCACCGAACAGAUCACCGGAAGUAACCAAUACACCGGACAAAUCACAUGAAGUAAACGAUGCACCGGACAGAUCACAUGAAGUAACCAAUACACCGAAAAGACCACAGGAUGCAAGCCAUUCCCCAAAUAUGCAUCAGGCAAAUGUUGUUUCACGUGAGAAAUUAUCCAUGCAAAAGGAAAUUGACAGUCCGACUGAGCUAGAGGGUGAUGAAGAUGAUGAUGGUGAUGAAGAUAAAACAAGCAAACCGCAACAUAGCGAAGUAAUCAAAUCAGUCUCGUCAUAUGCAACAGAUGCACCGGACAGACCACAGGAAGCAACAGAUAAACCGGACAGACCACAGGAAGUUACUUAUACACCGGACAGACCACAGGAAGUAACUAAUACACCGGACAGACCACAAGAAGAAACCAAUAGACUGGACAGACCACAGGAAAUAACAGAUGUACCGGAGAGACCACAGGAAGCAAAAGAUGAACCGGACAGACCACAGGAAGCAACACAUGAACCGGACAGACCAGAGGAAACAACUGAUGUACCGGACAGACCACAGGAAGUAACCACUACACCGGACAGACCACAGGAAGCAAACGAUGCACCUGACAGACCGCAGGAAACAAAUGAUGCACCGGAAAGAUCACACAAAGUAACCAAUACACCGGACAAACCACAGGAAGUAACAGAUUCACCAGACAGAUUACAGGAAGAAGACGAUGCACCGGACAGACCUCAGGAAGCAACAGAUGAAUCGGACAGAUCACAGGAAGCAACAGAUGAACCGGACAGAUCACAUGAAGCAACAGAUGAACCGGACAGACCACAGGAAACAACUGAUGUACCGGGCAGAUCACAGGAAGUAACCAAUGCACCGGACAGACAACAGGAAGCAAACGAUGUAUCGGACAGACCGCAGGAAACAACUGAUGUACCGGACAGAUCACAGGAAGUAACCAAUACACCGGACAGACCACAGGAAGCAAACGAUGCACCGGACAGACCAGAGAAAACAAUUGAUGCACCGGACAGAUCACAGAAAACAACUGAUACACCGGACAGACCACAUGAAGCAACAGAUGAACCAGACAGAUCACAGGAAGCAGACGAUACACCGGACAGACCACAGAAAGAAGCAGAUGUAGAAGAAGCAGAAGAAGCAGAAGAUUCGGACGAACUAGACGAGGCAAAUGAAUUACCGAAUAGAACGCAAGAAUCAACCGAUACACCGGACAAACCAUUGGAAUCAACCCAUGCACCGGAAAGACCACAGAGAUUAACAGAUUCACCGGACAGUUCACAGGAAGUGACUGAUGAACCGAACAGAUUGCAGAAAACAAUUAAUGUACCGGACAGAUCUCAGAAAACAAUUAAUGCACCGGAAAAACCAAAGGAAAAAAACUAUUCCCCAAAUAUGCAGCAGGCAAAUGCUGUUUCACGUGAAAAAUUAGCCGCCCAAAGUGAAAUUGUUAGGCCAACUGAGCUGGAGGGUGAUGAAGAUGAUGAUGGUUUUGAAGAUAAAACAAGCAAACCGCAACAUAGCGAAGCAAUCAAUUCAAUCUCGUCAUAUGCACCGCCAGCACCCAGAAAAAUCACAAUUAAAACACUAGCUCAACUUCACAAGACUGAAUUGCCACAUAUGCACACCGAACAACAGUCGAAUAGACGCAAAAGUGGGAAAUUGAAAGAGCUGCCUUUGAUUGAUAUGGACGAUCUUGAAACCCUUAAACCCCGUGUGCGGAUUGUGAUAUUUGUGAUGACCGCCGUGAGUCGAUCUGACAGACGAAAAGCUAUCCGUGAGACGUGGUGGAGUAGAUGCAAACCACCAGAGGCCGCCUGCUAUUUCGUGACUGACGGCUACAUCGACGAGAGUAUGUACGACGACGUCAAAGCGGAAUCCGACGAACACAAAGACAUCCUCUUUCUCCCGACAGACGAGGGACUGAACUUCGGCCUGCGGCUCUUGUAUACCAUGGAGUGGUCACUCGCUAAAUACCACUACGACUUCUUUCUUCGUCUAGAUGAUGAUUACUUCAUCUGCAUCGAGAAGCUCUUACACGAGUUACAGUACCAAAUUAAAGUUAAAGUGGCCUGGGGCUUCUGGCACUGUGACACGCCCUAUGUGGUGUACCUCGACGAGUCCUUCGCCUUACUCUCACACGAUCUCAUUGUUACCUUUUUAAGCUGGGAUGACAAGACCCUCCUCUGCCACGCCUACGGGGACCAGCAACUUGCGCUUUGGCUGAACCAAAUUUCUGACGUAAAUGCGUUUAAUGAUUACCGCCUUCAUCACCAUCCGCCGGCACAUAAAUACGCACACUUUCAGAAGAUGGAGAAUAUAUGUGAGAGGUACCUCGGCCUUCACGGCGCGUACCCGGAUGACAUGAGGGGGUAUUGGCAAAGAGCGGGGGAUGGCCCGCGGAGCGUGUCGGGAUGGCCGAAGCUUUACCCGCAGACCUGCCGAUACCGGAAAUAUUUCGACUGGCGUAAGAUAAAGGAACAAUUCAGGCACACCCCGAAGUAUUGUAAUGAUAACCCACGCUGGACGUGGACACGUAACCGAUGGGACGGUAGACAGGACGAGAAACCAGUCUUAACCGUGACAGAGAAGAAGGAAUGAAAUUGCCAAACGUGGCAAGGGAAACUAUUAUAUCUCAUUUGUCUAAAGAUGUUCACAAUAACUGUUUUUAUCCCCUGAAUUCAAGUCGUAUCAGGGCCGCAGCCAGGGGGGGUUGCCUAGCCCCCCCUUCUAGCAGCCAAAAAUACAGUAAAUGUAUAAGGCAUUAUCUAAAAUACAGGAGGAAAUGCCUUGAAAGUCCCUUUUGGGCCCCCCUGUUAAAAAUCCUGGCUACGCCGCUGCAUAUAGUUUACAAAGGCCUUGAUGGUUUUUCAAAUAAGGAAUUGAUUAGUUCUUUAUAUGGAAGUGACCGCGUUUGGCAAAAACGACAAUUUUUCGCUAUA